AUGGACAAUGGUUGCUUCUCUUCUCCACGCCACGAUGCUUUUCCAGCUGGUCUGCGAGUUCUCGUUGUUGAUGAUGAUCCGACAUGGUUGAGGAUCCUUGAAAAGAUGCUGAAGAAGUGCUUGUAUGAAGUGACUACAUGUUGUUUAGCAACAGAGGCUCUGAAAAAACUUCGUGAAAGGAAAGAUGCAUAUGACAUAGUGAUCAGCGAUGUGAACAUGCCUGAUAUGGAUGGUUUCAAACUUCUUGAGCAAGUUGGACUUGAGAUGGAUCUUCCUGUUAUUAUGAUGUCUGUUGAUGGAGAAACAAGCAGGGUGAUGAAAGGUGUCCAACAUGGUGCAUGUGAUUAUCUUCUCAAGCCUAUAAGAAUGAAAGAACUGAGAAACAUAUGGCAGCACGUCUUUAGAAAAAGGAUGCAUGAGGCAAGAGAUUAUGAAAGUCAUGAGGGUUUUGAGACCCUUCACUUGAUAAUGAAUGGAUCAGAUCAGUCUGAUGAUGGUAACCUCUUUGCUGUAGAAGAAAUUACCUCAAUGAAGAAAAGAAAAGAUGCUGAUAACAAGCACGAUGACAAAGAAUUGGGAGAUCAUUCUCCCACAAAGAAAGCUAGAGUAGUUUGGUCUGUGGAUCUUCAUCAGAAAUUUGUCAAAGCAGUGAAUCAAAUUGGAUUUGAUAAAGUUGGUCCCAAGAAAAUUCUAGAUCUGAUGAGUGUUCCCUGGUUGACAAGAGAAAAUGUUGCUAGUCACUUGCAGAAAUACAGGCUCUACUUGAGUAGGUUGCAAAAGGAAAAUGAACAGAAAUCUUCCUCAAGUGGAAUAAAGCAUUCGGAUUCACCUUCAAAAGAUACAGGAAGUUUUAGUUUUCUAAACACUGCAAACAACAAGCAACAAAAUGAUGUCGCCAUUGACAGCUUCAGUUAUUCAGAUGGAACUUCACUACUUCAGAUGGAUGGUCCAAGUCAUGAAAGUGAUCUCAAGGGAAUCGUGUCAGAGCCUACAACCGAAAAAAGAAGAACAUCGACUAGUGACAUUUCUGAUCCAAAGAUACCAAAAAGUUCACAGAUGACCCUCAAUGAACCUUUUGCAUCUUUAGAGUCAUCAGAAGCAAGCCAUGCAGUAUUUGAUUGCACGAUACCAAGACAGUACUCUUGGAGUGAGUUUCCGAAAGGACCACUCAAAGAAGAACAGAAGACAAUCGUUCAAUUAGAGGAUAGCUUCAGCCAGUUGCCAUUACAUGGUACACAGCAUCACAUUCAGGUUGAUCAAUCACAAUCAAUUGCUUCGAUUAAUUCCAAUCCUUCUAUAACAGAAAAAGAGGUUGCUCCCAGCAUAGACACCAAGCCUUUGUAUGCUGGUUACAAGAGUGAUUACAUGAGUCCUGUGAGUUCAAUAGGAUCUGCAGUUGACACCUUUCCUAAACAGUCCAAAAGCGUCAUCGUGAAUGAUCAAUCUUCACAGCCCAUUUUCACCUCAAAUGUGAGCUUGAAAACUCAGGGAUUUAACGUAGAUUGCAUUUCUGAUCUGGACUUUUACCAAAUGAACCUAUUAAUGGGUGGUGAAGCAGCAGCUUCUUCACCGUUGGAGGAGGACCUGAAUCACUUUUUGCUACAAAGUGAAUGGUACAACAUGAAUUUUGGGCUGCAGCAUAUAGAUAUGUCAGAAUAUUAUGAUCCAAGGUUUAUUGCUGAAGCCCCUAGUUACUUUUAUGAUUCAGCAGAUUAUUCAUCGGUAGAUCAAAGUCUAUUCAUAGCAUGA